AUGGCUACAAUCAAAUCAGAUCCCAACAAAGUCUCAUGGGAGGAAUCGGCCUUCCCCAUCCUCUGUGAAACUUGCCUGGGCGACAACCCUUACUUGCGCAUGACCAAGCAAUCACAGGCAAGAGCAUGCAAGGUUUGCGAACGACCCUUCACAGUGUUCCGUUGGUGCCCAGGUGUAGGCAUGCGUUUCAAGAAGACAGAGAUUUGCCAGACAUGCUCCAAAGUUAAGAACGUCUGCCAGACCUGUCUCUUGGAUUUGGAGUUUGGUUUGCCUGUGCAAGUCCGUGAUACCGCCCUCGGACUGGAAGACAAUGCUCCCCGAUCGGAAGUCAACAAGGAGUACUUUGCUCAAAACAUGGAUGCACACUUUCAAGGCACAGAACACGGACUUGGAGAAGGAGGAUUCGGGAAGGCAGAGUCGGCAGGACGUGAGAUGUUGAAGAAGCUGCAGAGGACUGAGCCCUACUACAAGCGCAACAGACAGCACAUUUGUUCAUUCUUUGUCAAGGGAAACUGCACGCGUGGAGCUGAAUGUCCCUACCGUCACGAGAUGCCCCUGGAAGGAGAGUUGAAGAACCAGAACCUCAAGGAUCGAUACUAUGGAACCAACGACCCUGUCGCCCGCAAAAUCCUUGCUGGACCCAAGGCUGGAGGUGGAGGACGGCAAUUCACCCCACCAGACGACAAGACCAUUACCUCGUUGUUCAUUACUGGGCUGACGGAUGCAGUGCAGGAGAAAGACUUGAAGGGGUUCUUUUACGUGUUUGGAGAGCUCAAGUCGGUUGUGAUUGCGCGCAAGAACAACUGCGCGUUCGUCAACUUUGCAACCAGAGCAGGAGCCGAGUUGGCGUUUGAGAAGGCAGGAGGAGGCAUCAACCUCGAAGGCGCAGCAUUGAGGGUAUCAUGGGCAAAGUCAAGACCUGUUGGCGCCAAGAGUGAACAACAGAAGGCUGGCCCUACACCUGUGGCGGUCAUGGAUGCCCUACAGGCGGGCCCACCCCCUCCCCCCGGUAGCAAUGCCAAGAUUGCCUACCCUAGCCAGGAUCCUACCUACCAAGGUUCUACCAGCAAGUAUAGGUAG